CCUACCGAUACCUAGUUCCCGAGUUCAGCGCAGACAAUGCUUUCGAGUCUCCAGCGCGUGAUUAUACCUGGUACAAUCCGGCGCUCUUUGAAUCAUCGAAGAUUCUCAAGUGAAUCCGUGCACUCCGUCUUUCCGGCAACUCUGUAUCGCUUCCAGAUACAUCGCGAAUCGAGAUUGUUUGACAAAAGCCUUGGCAAGGAUGAUUGGGAUCCUGAGGACGGUGUCGAAGUUCACGCAGAUGGAUUAGUCCAUCCCGAAUUAACUUCGGAUGUCUCUAACGGGGCUCGUUUCAGGCCAAAUACACAUUCCAUGCAACAAGUGACCCGAGAGUCGUACGAGUACUAUAUUGAAGCGGUCGAUGGUGGCAAACCGGCAGCGAAUCCUCAUCUUUUAUGUAUUCGUAAAGGAACUAAGCUACCAGAUAGCCUUGUGCUUUACCGGGAGAAGUACUCUCACUUUUCACUUCAGCCGUCGCGUCCGAUGCCAUUGAUUGGUACGCUCAAGCCGUUAUUGCCAAACCUCUUGAUCAGUCAACUUGGCUCUAUAGCUCUAAACAAGACACUUACCGAGUUCUACAAGAAAAAGGGUAAAACGCUUGAUAUAGACAAAUGGCUUGAGGAGAACUCCUUUUUCAAAGCAUCUUUAGAUUAUUUAGGGGACUGGGAGAACAAGUAGUAGGUGACUGGUCAGUCCGGGAUUCCUCGG